AGCCCGCCCACUGCUGUUCUACCCUGCACAUCAGGAGCGGGUUGUAUCACUUUGCCUGCUGAGCCGGGGGGAGCUGCUCACACACAGGGCGCUUACCCUCAAGCCCCGAACGAAUGAAGCGAGUGAGAAGAAGCAGAGUGGAGCGCUGGGAGCCUGCAGCCCGGCGGGACUAUGGAUACCAGUGAGGAUCUAAUUUGAAACAUCUUUUUGCUUGUGCUGGGGACGAUUGAGCAAAAUGCUAGUGACACAAAUUGAAGCCAAGGAGGCUUGUGACUGGCUGAGAGCAGCGGGGUUUCCACAAUACGCACAACUCUAUGAAGAUUUACAGUUCCCGAUUAACAUUGAACUUGUGAAGAAUGAUCAUGAAUUCUUAGAUCGAGAUGCUAUGGAAUCCUUGUACAGGCGCUUGAAUACCUUAAACAAGUGUGCAGCAAUGAAAAUUGAAAUAAAUCGCCGCAGAAAAAGGAGUGACGAAUCAGAAGAAGAUGAACCCUGUGCUAUAAGCAACAAGUGGUCUUAUCAAAGACAAAGCCAAAGAUGGUCCCGUCUGGAGAACCUGGAUUGUCCACUUCCUGAUGAAGCAUCCUGUUUAUCCCUUCCAAUUAUACCAGUUCUGAACAUUCCCAAAGAGGAUGCAGCAUUUUCAUUGCUGAUUGACAAAAAUGACACCUCUUCUCUACACAGCUCAAGUAGUGGUGAGAGUGACAGCUCCCCUAAACCUUAUGAGGAAUUAGAGACUAGUAGAAGCUCCUCAAGAUGUUCUUCCAUCAAAUUUGUUUCUCUAGAUUCCACCUUUAGUCCUUCCCCUUCUCCCAGUGAAAUGCUAAAUGUCAUCAGUGAGGAAAGAAUUAUUGACAAGCCCCCUAGUAAAAAGGGGAAAAGUCUGAUCAGGAGAAUGGAAAAAUUGCGAAUAAGGAGCUCUACUGUAAAAAGAAACACACAUUUAAAGGAUAAACCAACUAUCAGUGGUCCUGUUCUGCUGGAUGGUCUCGAUGAAGAUAAACUACGGAAUCUUAAUUGUGUAAAUAUCUCUGAUCUUGCUGACACUCACAGUAAAGCUGGAUUUUCAUGUUCUUCUCAAACGUGCAGCAGCAGUAGUCCAUCAGAAACCAGCAGCACUGUAAGCACUCCGAGUCCUGUUAUAAGAGUUAGAAGCCAUGGAAAAAGAGGUGGGAUAUAUGCAGAAGACUUUAACCCGAACAAGCUUUCACUGUGGAAUGAUAUAUCGGAACGUAAUUUUAGGAAUGAAAGGCACUUACGUGAACACCAGAUAUUUCAGAUUCCACAAGGCCACAAGCCUGGAACCUUUCCCAAAGCACUUACAAACAGUAUUUUAUCACCGAUUGACAAUACCUCUGUAAACUGGAGAACUGGAAGCUUCCAUGGUUGCAAUCGAAACAGGAUGAGGUCCAGCAGUUCCAAAGACUCUGAGGUUCCUUCAAGUCCACUUUCACUAGUUGAUAACAGACUAAGUAUCUAUGACAAUGUACCCAACAUCCCAUUUCAUUUCGGCAAGCUUGAGUCCCCUGGAGACGAUGAUGUCUUUUCAGAACUUGACAAUGUCAUGGAGCAUGUUAAUGGUCUCCGAAAACUGGUCAGUGAAUGGUCUGAAAAAUUCUCGGAUGACGGGGAUUCUGAUUUUGCCAAUGACUCCAUUUCCCCAUGUCCAUCUUCCCCCAACACUAUCCAUCUUGAAGUAAAUGAACACUUGCAUAGCAAGUCUAAAACGGAUAUAGGUGAUGUUGAGAGGUGCAAAUCGUGCACAUACAGUGAUUCUACAACUUUGCCGUAUAUAACUGUUUCUGAGAUUGAUUCCACUUUCACAGACUGUAGCAGACAAAGCCCAGAGCCUGUGAACCUCACUAUGCAAGUCGACAGCCAAUCAGCUGCCUAUCUGAACAAGAUACAGAGACUUGCUUUGUUGAAAUUAACAGCAUUGAUGGAUAAAUAUUCACCUUCAAGCAAGCAAGGGUGGAACUGGAAUGUGCCAAAGUUCAUCCGUAAAAUCAGGGCUCCAGAUUAUAAGGAUAAGAAUGUGUUUGGCGUACCUUUCCUUCUGAAUGUCCAAAGGACAGGGCACCCUAUACCCAAGAGUAUUCUCCAGGCGAUGGAGUAUUUGCGGAUCCACUUUCUUGAUCAGGUUGGUCUUUUUAGAAAAUCUGGCGUCAAAUCCAGAAUCCAGACCCUAAGGGAAAUGAACGAGCAGGAUUCCAAAUAUGUGAAUUAUGAAGGGCAGUCUGCAUUCGACGUGGCCGACAUGGUGAAGCAGUAUUUCCGGGAUUUGCCAGAGCCGAUAUUUACCAGCAAGCUCUGUGAAUCAUUCCUGCACAUUUAUCAGUAUCUACCGAAGGACCAGCAGCCUCAUGCCGUCCAGGCAGCCAUCCUGCUGCUUCCUGAUGAGAAUCGUGAAGCCCUUAAGAUUCUUCUCUACUUUCUCAGAGAUGUGGUUGCUUGUGUAACUGAAAACCAAAUGACUCCUACAAAUAUUGCAGUGUGUCUCGCCCCCAGCCUGUUUCAUCUAAACACACUUAGGAGAGAGAGCUCGUCAUCUUCAAGAUUAAGUCAAAGAAAAUAUAGUCUUGGAAAACCAGACCAGAAAGACCUGAGUGAGAACCUAGCUGCAACUCAAGGCCUGGCUCACAUGAUUGCAGAAUGCAACAGACUAUUUCAGUUAUCCGAUUACUGGUGCGACAUGUGUCCAAGCCUUUGCGAUGCGCAGCCUAUCCAUGCUGAAACGUCCGUCAAUACAUCCACAAAUUCAUUAGCAGCUCAUUGCAGUACACUUAUUUCUCUGGAGAAUUCCAUGCAGAGCCUCCUUCGAGAUGCUAAAGACAAGUACAGAAGCUGGGUGGCAUGUUCAGGAUUUGAACACGUUGAGCUGGCUUAUAAGAAGGUAGAAAGUGAUGACUUUCCAAUAAGAAUGUGGAAAGCCUCCACUGAAAUUGAAGCCGCGCCCCACGCAGUCCUUCAGCACAUCUUAAAGGAACAACACACAUGGGACCCAAAUCUGCAGCAGUCCAAGAUCAUAGAGACCUUGGAUGAAGACACAGAUAUUUAUCACUAUAUAACGGAAAGCAUGCCUCCCCUGCCGUGCAGAGAGUAUGUGGUUUUAAGAACAUGGCGGACAGACCCCCAGAACGGCACCUGCAUUUUGGCAGCUACUUCAAUUGAAUGUGAAGAUGUUCACAUCGGUGGGAUUCUGGGACAUGUCAUUCUGUGCCAACACCUCAUAGAAAAUAUUGGCACUCAGAAGUGUAAAGUCACUCAUUCCUGUAGGACAGACACAAGGGGGCGUAGCACGGAAUGGUACAACAAAGUGUAUGGCCACAUGUGUGCAGCCGAGAUCUUAAGAAUAAAGGACUCUUUUAUUAGGAAGAGAACAGAGAAGUCCUGAAGAUGCUGGACAUAGCUGCUGUUUCCUUCGGUGCUGUUGAAGCAUAUAUAUAUAUAUAUAAAUUAUACACAUAUUUUUCUUUAAAGACAACUUUAAACUAUUAAAUGAAAAUGGCAGGAUCACUGGCAGGAAAUUGGAAUUUCUGUGUCUGGUUCAGUAAAUAUUUUGUAAAUACGGAAUUCAUUUAUUUUUAAUUUUUAUAACGGAAGAAAAAGGUACUUGAAUAUUUUUGACACCUACAUAUAAAUCCAUUUUAUUUAUGCUCAGAUUUGGAACUAUCUAGAGUCGAAACAAAUGUACAUAUCUUUUGCUAUAAAUAGUAUAUUAUUUAUGAAAGCUAUGGAGUGCGUCGGUGUGAGUAAGUGUGCUGGGUUACUGCGCCAUUUUUAAUUGGUAGAGAUAUUGCCAGUGUGGAUAAAAGAAGGACAAUCGGCAAAUGUGAAAGUCGCCUGGAAGCCCCAAGCAGAAACAGGCAGUCUAUGGCACUCUGGCUGUUGCAUGUACAAUGGUUUCUCAAUGCUGAAUUUCAUUUAAAGACAUUUCCAAGCUACCAACAAGAGAACAUACUAGUGUGUACUGUAUACUGAUGAUUUCAUCUCUGCAUACCUGCAUUUGUGUAAGACAGGGGGGGUGGCCAUAAUUCUUUCACUUGAGGGGUUCGGAAACCAGGAUUCACCAUGUUUCAAUUCUCUGUCCUGCCUCCAGAGGUGAAUGAAGACAAAACCCCUAACGUCUGCACUGACAGGAGGGCCGCUAGAGAAAGGGCAAUUUGUUCAGUAUGCAUAGAUGGAAACAUAUAUUUAACCUAAACAAAGCCAAACUAAACACGGUCCCUAAAAAAGUAUUAUGUAAAGCUGCACUUACAGGGACCAUUUUCCCACCCCCAUAGGCUGGCAGAGUCCAUCCUUCCCAUACUUUGUUCCAUGUUGAAGCAUGGACUCUGGGACUCAAAGUCUUUCUUCUUUCCAAGGUGGGUGAUGCACAGAUUCUCUGGAAAACAGAGCAACUUCAGUCACACAAUCCAUAAUUUCACAAUGGAGCAAGGUUGAGAAAGAGGAUGAUUCUGUGAGCCUGGGGGGGGGGGGGGGGGAUGGUUUCUGUGAGUCAGAGGUGACUAUCAUCCUUUCCGUAUGAGGAAUCAUGGAAAAAAAAAAAAAAAAGCAGGACAAUUUUUUUCUAACUAUGUGGCCAAUCAAAUUAGCUUAUGUCAGAAAGGGGGGUACAUGUUCCCCUUGCUGAUCAUCUCUAUACGAUAAGCGGUGUAUUUAUAUAUUGGAGAAAAACAUCACCUGUGAUGUUGCCCAUAGCAACCAAUCAGAUGUUUGCUUUAGUUUUCUAUCUUGUGGGUGGCUGUUCAAAUCUUAUUGCUGAUUGGUCACCGGUGAUGUUUGUCUCCAGUGUUAAUAAAUAUGUCCCUAAGAACGCUAUUUUAUCUGUUUGCUAUAUGAUAACAUGUACGUACCCCUGCCUUAUCACAUUCACACAUGUAUAGGAGUAAAAUCUAAUCCUACAGUGCCCACCAAGGAAAGGAGUUCUCUCCUGGUAUAAACCUCUUUGCUAGGCAAGUAUUAGUAAGUGCAAGCUUAUAAACCAUGGCAAACCAACAUGAAAUUGACUUUAUGGCCAUCUCUUCUUGUCCAGCUAAAGCAGGCAAUUCUUUGCACUGACAUACUAAGUCAAAUGAUAAAUGUCCAUCUUCAGAGAUGAUUACAAAAAAUCGAGGACAGCAGCUUUGAAAUCAAUAGUAUAAUUGUUAGAAAAUACUGACCUGCUCUGCAUGGCUGCAUAGAAUUCCUUUGGCAUCACAUUUACCUGUUACAAUUACCAGAAUUUGCACUUAUCAUGUUAACUUAUACAACAUUUCCCUUGCUCUUGUAUAACUACAACUCCCACCAUCUGACUGACAACCUGUACAUAGUCCAGAAACAGUCACAGCCCUGCUGUGUGUGGGCUUCAUUAGCCUUCUUUAAAAGCCGGUAGCUAUACAGGUCGCCUUUGAAUACUAAAGCAAGAAGAGGUGCAUGCUGGGAAGACAGCAAGAUUACAUUUGUAAUUGUAAUAGUAUGAAUCAGCUUAAUGCAGGCAGAAAUGGUAUAUUUAUAUUUUUUUAUAAAUUAAAACUGUAUAUUUUGCACUGGAUAUGUUAAAUCCUUUCUAUUCACAAUGGCUAAGCAUAUUUUUUUAAUCCAUUCUAAAGACAUAAGCAAUAAAAUGUUAUAUUGAAAGUGAUCACUGCUAUGUAAAGACAAUGUACAGAAAUAAAUGGUACAGCACUUGAAAUGGAAA